UAUACAUAUAGAAGCCAUCAAGCCCAAGCUGUUCUCGCUUCUCUAGCCUCUCGGUCUGUCCUCUCUCAUUCUCUAACCCUAACACCACCGCCCCAAACGUAUCCCUACCGCCAUCUUCUCCUCCGACUCUACAGAAAGGAAAAGCAUAAUCGAGAAAAAACAAGGGAAACGAAUUGAAGCUCCGGUUACCCACCCACUCCUUACAUGUCCAAAUCGAUACUGCUGGUGAAAAAUAUGCAAGAUCCAAGGAUGCCACCAUCAGGGGAAAUUACUAACUCCAAGCCACGCAAAAAGAAAGCCUCAACCUCUAGGACUUCCUUGAUCCCAUUACAAGGUAAUGACACCCGACAGGCACAGGGCCCUAUAAGAACAAGCCAGAGGGCCUCCAAAAGGAGCUUGAAGAAUGAAGGCUCUCCACUGAUUCAGCAACAGGAGAGGUCAAAUUCAGAUUCAUUGCCUGACUCAUCUUCAUCAGGAAAUGAAUAUCGUGCGCUCAGAAGGAAAUAUUUGCUGUUGGAGGAAGAAAGCUUUGGUCUUGGGAGAGAGUUGAAGGUAGUUGAAGAGGAGGUUAAGACUCUUGAAGAUGAGAAACUUGCAUUGUUAGACCAGCUGGUUGUGUUAGAAGGUCUAAUUGAUCCUUCAGAAGUGCAUCCUCAUGAGUUUGUAUCGCUCUAAUUCCUUAUAUCUGCACCUUCUUCUUCUUCUUCUUCUUCUUCUUCUUCUUCUUCUUUUUUUAAGAAUUGGUUCUUGGUGAUUAUUGAUUGGUGCACUUGUAUAUUAUGCAUUACAUACUUUAAUGAUGUUAAAUUAUGCAAUUGAUAGCUAGCUCUGGAAGGUCUAACAAAGUCCCUGGAAGAUGAGCUCUUAGACGUGUAAUUAGUGCCCUUUUCUGUUUAUGUAAUGGUAACAUGUCUGCAAUUGUUUUUAAAUAUGUUAAUUCAGAGUCGGUAUCAAUAUAUGAUCUUGUUUAUGCAGCUUUAAAAUC